UGUUGUAUAACCAGAUUUAAAUUUGUUUUCCAGUUCAAUCCUGUGUCUAAGUUGUCAGAAGGUGAUCAAUUCUACAACAACAGCCCGACUGACAAUGACAAAGUCCAUGUCCUGGUUUGUGUUUUUCCUGGCCACACGGUAGCUAACAUUCAGGAUGAUGUUGUGCAGAAGAUUGUGGAAAUCAGGAAGGAAGCCAGUGACCUGGGAAUUCCUCAACUGGUCAUUAGCACCAAAAUUGAUGAGGUCUGUCCUGAAAUCAAAGAAGAUGUAAAGAACGUCUACAAGCUCAAGAAAGUGAAGGCAACGAUGGAGCUGUUCAGUGAUACGGUGGGCAUCCCUAUGAACUGCAUCUUCCCUGUGAAGAACUACCAUGAAGAAAACAAGGUGGACCGUGACAUUGACUCACUGAUCCUGGACAGCCUGAAAAGCAUGAUUGACUCUGGAGAAGACUAUUUCGAACACCUAAUGAGUCAGGCUGACUCAGACUGAUGUGUAGCAAAAGAAAGCUGCAUUUCAUGAUAUCAAAAUAAUAACCUGGGACUUUGACCUGCAGGAUUUCAAAUAUAAUCGUGUGCAUGCUUUAGUCCCUGCAGACUUGGCUUUCUCAGUAACAUUAAAUAUUCGUGACUUUAAGUUUAGUUUCUCUGCCAAGGUGUUCAGUCAUUUCAUUCUAAGACAAAAACUAAAGAAUUCAUUCAAAUGUGUUUGGCUGUUUAUAGAACUGUUUAAUUCUUCAGACAUGGGAGGAGGAGGGUCAGCAUAGCUGCAAUAAAGUUAACUUUGACUUUGACUUUGUGUUGUCGGUUAAAUGAUAUUUCAGUUUUCAUGAGUCUGUGAGGUUGUUAGGAAGACAAAGGAGGAACUGAGCUUAGUAAAGACAGUUAUGGACGCAAACUCGUCACCUUUAAGAAACGGUUUGUUUAGUGAAUGCUAACGUGCUAACGUGGCUAAGGUGUUUACAGAGAAGAAUGAUUCCUUCAUGACAUGAAAUAUGCCAUCACCUGCCCACAGGACACACAAUAAAAAGAAAAAUCCGUUUCUCAAUGAA